AUGAGCGGUCAAAAUAGCCACAAUGCCGAUCCUGUGGUCGGUUCCCUGGUGCCCGCGAUCAAGGUGGGAGCUGUGAGCGGAGUCGCUGGAUUGAUUUAUGGAGGAGCUGCUGGGGUAAUCAAGUCGCCUCAUCCAGCCAUUCAUUCUCUAUCAUGUGGCAUCCACUGGUUUGCAUGCGGUUCAACUUUUUGGUGGAUGCGAAGCAACAUCAUCAAACACCAUUACCAUGACCAAGCAUCCCCGCAAGAGCGAGCAUACGUCAGUACCCUCUGUAGUGGGCUAUCUGGGGGCGUGGUGACGCGGUUGAUGGGAGGUCGACUGGUGCCUGGCUUGGUGAUUUUUUCGAUACUUGGCUUCGGCGGCCAAAGUGUCUUUAACAAGGUUGAUGCCUGGCAGAUGGGAAGGGCCCAAACGCUCAGCAAACCAUUCGCCCAGCGGAUGGCCGAGUCCAAAUGGAUUCCUUUUCGGCACUUGUCUGAUGAAGAAUAUCGGAACAUGUUGAAUGAGAAGUUGCUCAGCGUCGAGGCCGAGAUUGCGCUCUUGGACGAGAAGAUCGAGGAACUUGAGAGCAUUCGGCCGACACGGGAUCCUGCCAAGUAA